AUGGCAGAGAUGGCAGAUUUUGUGAUCCAGGAGCCACAUCCAGUUGAUGGUGACUUGUUUAAGGAACCGAUGAAAAAAAGAAGACGAUCAGAUAGAGACCAGCGGUUCCGAGCAUUUCCCUCCGUAGAACAAAGUGCUCUUAAGGAAUAUGAAAAGCUGGAGUCACGGACCAGAAGGGUUUUGAGCAACACUUACCAGAAGCUUAUUCAGUGUGUCUUCCUGGACGACAGCAUUCCGAAUGGACUCAAGUAUCUCAUAAAUAGGCUUCUUGCUUUGAUUGAAAAACCAUCGUUGGACCCAAUUUACAUUGGAUUAUUUGGAAGCACUGGGGCUGGGAAGAGCUCCCUGAUCAAUGCCAUCAUCCAGCAAGCAAUGUUUCUACCAGUGUCUGGAGAAAGUAUAUGUACGUCAUGUAUUGUACAAGUGAGCUCAGGCUGCUGUGAGCAGUAUGAGGCCAAAAUCCACCUUCUCUCUGACCAGGAGUGGAAGGAGGAGCUGAAGAACUUGACUAAACUCCUGCACAGGACAGAGGAGCUGGGCCGAGAAGAGGCGGAUAUGUGGGACGGGGAUGAUGCAGUGGAGGAAGCCAUCUGGAAGCUACAAAUGCUUUAUGGAAAUGGGGCAGAAAGAAAGACAUAUGAGGAAUUACUAAGAGUGAAGCCAAAAGUAAAGAUUCCCACCUCUAGAAUCAUCACCCUCAAGGCAGAAGAGGCAGGAGAGCUGUCUGUCAAACUGGACCCCUACAUCAGGACUAAGAGGAGAGAUUGGAAUGGAGAUUCAGCAGAGACACAAAUCUGGCCCUUGAUUAAGCAUGUGGAAGUGACUCUUCCCAAAUCAGAGCUGAUUCCAGAAGGGGUUGUGCUCGUGGACAUUCCAGGCACAGGUGACUUCAACAGCAAGAGGGAUGAGAUGUGGAAAAAGACCAUUGAUAAAUGCUCAGUGAUCUGGGUGAUCAGUGACAUUGAAAGGGUGUCUGGAGGGAGAGCCCAUGAAGACCUUCUGAAUGAGAGCAUCAAAGCCUGCCAACGGGGUUUCUGCAGGGACGUUGCCCUGGUGGUCACCAAGACCGACAAACUCCACCUGCCGGAAUAUCUAAGGGAAAGAAAAGUGGGAAAUCAAGCUAUUCAAAAUCAGCGAGAGGCUGUUUUAGAAAGAAAUGAAAUGAUAAAACUACAAAGGAAUAGAAUUCUCAAGGAAAAACUAAAGAGAAAAUUGCCAGCUGACUCCAAGGUUCUGGAAGCUUCCAAUCUGGUGUACACAGUCAGCGCCCAGGAGUACUGGUGGCAGGCUCUCCUCACUGAAGAGGAAACUGAAAUCCCCAAGUUAAGAGAAUAUAUCAGGAGACGCCUCUUGGAGAAGAAGAGGAGGAUGGUGACCAAGUAUGUUACCGAAGCCUUUGGCCUGCUGCUCCUCACAGACAGUUUCAACAGCACGGAAAACCUGCCGAAUGAACACUUGCACUUGAGUGGCCUGCGGAGAUUUUUGGAAGAGAAAAUACAGCUGCUGGAGAAGGCCAUUGACCAGUGCUUUGCCCACAUAGCCCAGCCUCUGCAAGAAGGGGUCAGAAAUGCCAGGGCUUCCUAUCGACGGAUCCUCGGGGCAUGUCUGGUGAGGAGUAGAGGAAACCAAGGUUUCCACCAGACCCUGAAAGCUGUUUGCCUGAAAAACGGCAUCUAUGCCUCCAGGACUCUGGCACGAAUAGAUUUGAAUGAAGCCAUCACUCAGCCCAUCUACGACCAGAUCGAUCCUGUGUUUGGAGGCAUUUUUAGGACUGGAACGCCCACUGGCUCAGCUUUGAUGCCUCACAUAGAUGCUUUUAAGCAUUCUCUCCAGGAGAAGAUGACGGAAAUUGGGAUAAGAAAUGGCUGGAAAUACGAUAGCUACAAGAAAAGUUUCCUGAUCCAGGAGAUAAGCGCCAUCCUGGGCGGCCUGGAGGGCCACAUCCUCCGGAAGAAGAGGAGGAUCUAUGAGUCUCUCACGAGCUCUGUUCAGAACGACCUGAAGCCCUGCUAUGAAGAGGCAGCCCAGAUCACUGGCAAAAAAGCGUGCGAGAGGAUGAAAGAUGUCAUCCGAAGAGGGGUGGACCGGCAGGUGGCAGAGGGCAUGUUUGAAAGGGCUCAAGAAAGGAUGCAGCACCAGUUUCAGCAGCUGAAGCAUGGGAUCACGGAGAAGGUGAAGGGCAAUAUCGCCACCAUGCUGACCCUUGCUUCAUCCCAGGGGGAUGGUCUCUACAAGGAGCUUGCAGACGUCAAGAGUGAGUACAAGGAGAUGGAAAAGCUGCACAGGAGCCUGAGGGAGGUGGCUGAGAACGCAGCGCUUCGCAGAGGCAUGCAAGACUUCCUCCUGAGAAUGUCCCCCAGCAAAGCCGGCCCCCCCAGAACAUGA